AUGUCACUUCAACGCAAGGGCGCGUGGAACAAAUGGAACCUGCCCCCACCGUCCGCCGGCCGUAGCCACGACGCACAUAUUGCCAUUCUUGCGAAGGGAGUAGAAAAUGGAAAGGUGCUUCACAGCGACGGGUCGGGUACGAAAACCACCAGCGAAUCCACCGGGGCCACUGCCACGGACAGCGGCAAGGUCACUGCGCUCCCAGUCGCCACCACUCCAACCACCACGAAGACAUCGGCCAAGGCCAAACUCCAUACACCUGAAAUCUCUGCUUGA